UGUGAACUCCCUUUGAAAGAAAUGUCCACUGAAUGAGUGUCCCACCACUCUUUCACCUCAACACAUACCUAUGUCCUCAUGAACAGGGCACACAGGCCUCAUUGAAUUCCUGAGCCUGUCGCUGCCCACCUAGGAGCUCUCCAUCAUGGCGGACAGUAUGCCAAUUCCAGUCCCUCCUCGAACUCCCACACCUCCCCCUGAUGAACCAGCAUCUCCCCCACUCGACCCUGCUUUCGAUGCAGAUGCUCCCAUUGCACCAAACACUUUGUCGCCUCUUCCAAUCGAGCGUGAGAGUAUGUUCUCAUUGGAUGCAGGGUUGAGGUCUCCCACAACGCCAGGCAAGAGCCCAAGUAAAGAUGGCUUUGGUCCCUUCAACUUUCAGCCUGCGGCCAUGGCCAAAUCGCCGGUCAUCAAGUCAAAUAUAGGGCAAAGACGAGGUCACAAAUAUAAACACAGCAGUGUCUCGCACCAAAUCUUCCUCGAACCACCUCCAAGAGCGCCCUUGGCCCUCCCAAACUCCCUACCAAUUCCCACUUUUGCUGAGUGCAGAGCAAGCAUGACCAAAGAUCAGAAUAUUCGCUUCUACUGGAGUAUCUGUCAUAUGGCUAUCGCAGGAUACACGGCAUGGAAUGCGCAUGGGUCAGCAGCAAUAGAGGCCCUGUCGCACUUGAUCUUCUAUGACUCGCUGGGAGCGCUCCUAUGUGUGUUCGUUGAGGUGCUAUCCAACUUUGAGGUCUGGGGCCGGUCGAGUGUCAGGCAUCCGUUCGGCUUGCAGCGCAUGGAGGUCAUUGCUGGAUUCGCCCUGUCUGUCCUUCUAAUCUUCUUUGGCUUCGACUUGAUAUCCCACAAUGCGAAACACGCGCUCGAAGGCAUCGGGCACGAACCGCAUCAUCCACACACUCACGAACGCGUUUCCGCAGGCACGGUGGACCUUACGGCUAUGCUCGCUCUGGUUGCAACAUUAAUAUCAGCCGUUGGAUUGCAAAACCAUGCUCGGAUCGGAAAAGCCAUGCGGUUUGCUGCGAUGGAGAACCUGCCAUCUCUAUUGAGCAACCCCUCGCACUUCCUCACUCUCUCCUGCUCAGCUACCAUGCUCAUGCUGCCUCUGCUGUCACUGCACACGUACGAAUGGGUGGACAAGGUUCUCUCUUUGAGCAUCGCGCUCAGUAUGCUCUUCCUUGGGGCACACCUCGGGCGCAAUGUCGGUGCGAUGCUUCUAAUGUCUCUACCUUCAAAGGCGGCGGACGUUGCUGAAGUGGUUCAAGCCAUCGAAGCAGAACCUUUGGUUCGCAAUGUCGAACAGGCCAAGUUCUGGCAGGCACAUUACGGCAUGGGCAUGGCAAACUUACGGCUACGGGUCGUCGGGACUGAGGAGAGUCUACUCAAGCUGAGGGAGAGAAUCGGCAGCAUUAUUCGGAAUCGGCUGAGUGGAGGCUAUGGCUCGGGAAGCAGUGGUCAGAAGUGGGAGGUCAGUGUACAAUUCAAGGUUGAUAUCGACAGCGCCAUUUCUCAGAGUCACGGUCAUGGCCACUUUGGAUCGAUUCCUGGGUGGACAUCGAGUCUGAGUUGA